AAGUUUUGGUUCUCACGGGGAAAAGAACUGCUUCGUUUGUGGUUCUACGUGAUAAGCAUGGCAAGUAUUUCGUCACGCUGGAUUAUUGUACUCUGCCUUUUUCUUCUUUCGCAACAAUUUGCACCAGUCUACACGGCAUAUUUGUCGAAGAAUGCCCUCGUGAGAUCAAGACGAUCAGAGGAGCAAGACGAACAAGACCAGGAAGAACAAGGAGAAAGCCAAGUACAUCACGACGAACACAAACAUGCAAACAAUGCCCAGAAGCGAGGGAAAUUGUCUUUUUUUUCUAAAUGGGGGUGGAAAGGAAUCAAAAAGACCACCUCAGGCGCUGAAAAACUUAGUGAUAUAGCUAGUAUCUCCACAACAGUUUUACUAGCCAUUGAUGGAUGUGAAGGUCUGGAACUUCCUGGUCAAAACAGAUAUACUAUCGACGAAUCUUGGGAAAAGCAUGAACGUCUUGUUGGCCAGUAUGAAGCCAUCACUUCUGAAAUCGACUCGUAUAUCCUGACCGCUUACAACAUGAGAGACAGUGCCAAUUUCAGCUACCUCAUGCAUAAUAGCGUUACAGAGCAAAUAGAGAGACUGGUGGACGAGCAAAAUUAUGUUUUCGAAGCUAUGAAUCCGCGAUUUAAAUUUAUAAUUAACAAUGAAACUUACAAUCUUGAGCAAAUGAUAAAAAAGAAAAAGUCAAAUGGAGAAGAAGUUAGCUUGCUUGAAAUCGACAGAGGCUACAUGAAAGGGUGGGACUUGGCCUUAAGUCUUGCACUUCCUUCUCUGUCUCUUGCCAUGCCUUAUGUCCCGAGACUGUUCAAGCAUUUGAAAGGAGGUGUGUUUGGAAGAAGGUUUAAGAAGAAAUUCAAAGAUACCUCUUUGGACAUUUGGGAAACGAUUGAGAAGUUCAGUGGUUGCGAUGAAAAAGACAGAAAGGCCAAAGAAGCUGUUAAAGAAAUGGAGACGUUUAUUCAAAAAAACAAAGAUUUGCUAGAAGACGCGAAGUCUACUGUGGAACGAACAAAAGAGGCUCUGAAAGAAAUCUAUGGUGUUGCUUGGCAUCCAGAUUUAUUAGAAGCGCUCAAAAUGAUUAAAGAGAUGGUAGACGAUACAGAGAUAUCUAGACCUCGACCGGAAGCCACCGAGAUCAGCGAAAGUAUCCGGGCUUACUUGUCGGGAUCGUUGGAUUUCCCCGAUGAAUUGUUUGGUCUUCAAGAUAACUUGAGAAAAAGCCUGAAACUCAUCACCUACAGCGUGGGCUGCUUCCAAAUGAAAGGAACCUUCAUAAGCCAUGUAAACGAUUGGUGCGCAGAAGGAAAAGAUACAUAUGAAGAAGCGUAUGACCAGUAUGUUGGUGACAGUACAUACAGUGAAGAGAAAAUAGCCAACUGCAAAGAAAGCUCUGGCGAGCUGUUCAUUACGUUAGAUAAUAUGAAGCAGCUUUGGGAGAAGGCUGCCGAGAAGAAUUGUACCGUGCAUAAAGUUUGUCUGAUGAAUAAUGAAGACUAUGUUUCGGGCGUAAAGAGCGCGAUCAUGGAUGGCGAGGAAGAUGUCUCUAAAAUUGCACAAUUGCUUUUCCUCCAAGGCCAUAAGGGAGUCAAUGAAGAAAUUGGAGCUAUUAUCAGGACUCUUCCAAGUAUAGAUGAAAUGCCGCUGCCAGAUAACCUCAUUAAAACGAUAUGUCUUUUAAAAAAUAACUUUGAUGCGGCUGAAAUUCUCGAGAAUUUUAAAUCUUUUGGCGUGAAAAGGAAAGUGACAAAAGCGCAAGUAGAAGAGGUUAUGAAGGAGUGCCCAAAAAAAGACUGAGAACCUACGAACUUGUUGACCAAAGAAUACAUGAAAUGGACGCGGAUAACUAAAGCAAACGAUGUUGAUUUACAACGUUACUAUGGUAACUGCUCUCGUCAUACAUUUACUUAUAAAUUGUAUGAAAAUCACGAAGAAGAUAAAUAAAGGCAUUCAAAAA